CCCACCUAAAGAAAGACGUGUCGUUUUCACAGCUUUCAUCCAUCAAACUACAAGACUUGAAAAUACUUUUUUUUUUAAACACUGAAAGUCAAACCAUCAAAUAGUGUUAUCGUAGUCUGCUAAGCCCUAUCGCACCACAACAGUAUUAUAAUAAACAUUGUUUUAUCUUUCUGGUUGAAUAUUGCUGCUUCCCCCAUUGUAUUAUAGUUUUUAAUAAUGUCAUAUAAGUAUUUGGUUGUUUUCUCAUUUUAAAAAAAUUAAAAAAAACAUGCGUAGAGUCAAGAAUGCAUUUGGCUGUUUUUCUGAUUGCACAAGUCGCCAGUUAUGUGGCGUCUCUUCAGUGGGACACAGUCGAAAUCAACCAACAAGGAAAUAUUACCAAUAGGAUUCUUUCGUUAAACGAAACUACGCUAGCGACGUAAGUACUUUUAAGACGGGUUUUGAUUAGCGUGGGUUACUGGGAAUAUUGGCGGGGGGGGGACAUACAUAAUCGAGAAAAGGAAGUGGUAUGUUGAAAGGAGAGGUGAGUGGGGGAAGGUAGGAGUAGCUAUGGACGAGACGGGUGUAUGGGACUGGAUUGGUGUGUUGGGACCGGAGGGGUGUAUCGGGACUGAAGUGUUGAGACUGGAGGGGUGUGUUGGUACUGGGGGUCGUGUUGGGACCGGGGCUGUGUGUUGGGACUGGAUACGUUUCGUUCUUUUGUUGCCCCCCCCCCCACCAAUGCCUUGUGGAGGGUAUUUAUUAUAUCUCAUAAACAGUUGUAGAAAGUGUGGGGCCAAUACCCCAGUAAUGUACUUAACCCUAACCCACUUAGUUUCAUUUGUUACCCGCGCUAUACUUUACUUGUAGAAAUCUCCUUCAAUACGUAAAGAUCUAAAAUAUUUGCGUCUAUUUUUAGACAUGUCAAAUGUUUUGACCACUACAUAAUUAAAUUGUUAAAACCAAGUUAUCACUAAAGACAAAAUUUCUUUAAAGCUUAGAGCACGCUAAGAGAAUAGUAUCUCCUGACAACCUUUACAAAAUUUUCAAUUUUCAAAACACCCAAAACAUAUUUUUACUCCUCUGUAAAUAACCACUGGGUCAGUAUUCGGCAAUAAAAUCUGCACAAUCUUAUGCUAUAUGUUUAUGUGUGUCAGUAGAUAGUAUGCUGUGUAAUACGCCAACCUGCUAUUAUACUUUAAUUAUACAAUAUGUGGCUUAUUAAAUAGCAUAAUCUGCAUUGCUCUGUAUGACACGUUAAAUCACAAACAUUCGUAUUGCUCUGAAUAUCAUGUUACAUCACAUACAUCUACAUUGAUCUUUAUGGCAUGUUACAUCACAUACAUCUACAUUACUUUUUAUGGCAUGUUACAUCACAUACAUCUACAUUGCUCUGUAUGGCAUGUUAAAUCACAUACAUCUACAUUGCUCUGUAUGGCAUGUUACUUCACAUACAUCUGCACUGCUUUUAUGGCAUGUUAAAUCACAUACAUCUGCAUUGCUCUGCAUGGCAUGUUAAAUUACAUACAUCUACAUUGCUCUGUAUGGCAUGUUACAUCACAUACAUCUGUAUCUACUCUAACGCCUGACUCCUCACUCCAACUCAUCAGGUUAACUGAGUGUCUCUGCAGCCCGGCACAGAAGUCGUGCAACGUCACCUAUUCCACGACCGACCAUGUGGUGACCGACGUACACCUGCUCUCAGGCAACAUGACGUCGUCUCCCGGCACAUCACACCGGACGUGCUCGCAGGCCCGCGACACCGUCAUCCAGUGCUCGCCCGCGCAACCACCCGCUUCGUACUGUCACGGCGUCGGUGUCAAUCAAACCUUCCAGGUCACAAACUACACGUGCAGCGGCGAAUGUGUCAGCAUCGUUUGGGUCCCCGUCGGUCCCCGCAGCAACGCAACGUGGGCACCCGACACCACCACCACCAUCACCACCACCACCACCACGCAGACCUGCAACCCUGGGUGUGUGGCGCCCACUACGGUGACCACAACCGCGACAAGCAUUUCCUCUUCCGCCACUUCGAGUGUCAAUGUCACGUUAGACGGCAGCAGUGGAGGCGAUGACAGCGAUGAUGACACGGGUGUCAUCGUGGGCGUUGUGCUGGGAAUUUGUGCCGCUGCCUUCUUAGCUUUUAUAAUUAUCGCGAUGGUGUACCGAAGACGGCGAAAGGCGCAAAAUACACAGGAAGGCGCCGCGAAGGCCAAUCAAACUCAGUGCAGUGGUUCACAACUUCCGGAUAACAACCAACAAAUGUAUAACUCCCUGGAUCCAGAGACUUUCUCCAGCACCAACGUUGCCUACAGCUACUCCGAUCCAGCCACCGAAGCGCCAAAGCCUGAAAAUACAAGCGAAUACUGUACAGCUUAUUCGGCCAGUGGCUAUCCCGAUUCCAAAUAUUCUAAUCCAGCCGAGUACGAAGAUGUGGCAAGCAGUAUAAAUACCGAUAUGCUGGGAUAUCUUGUUUUGGAUACCAUGAUCACUCAGACUGCUGCCACACUAAAUACCAAACCUAAAAUGUCGACUGUCACCGUUAAGAACGAUUCCCCUGUUCUGCAAGAUCACGGGGACUCACAGUCGGAAGUCGAAUACGAAAAUCUCCAAAGUAACCUUUACAUUGAUAUGUCAAUGCACCAACCAAAACGUGAGGAGCCUAAGCGUAGAAUAGAAGACACCGAGAGCAUCUGUAGCUCCAGUUCUAACGAUUCAAUUUAUAUCAACCAGGACCUAUAGUAGGUCAGCUUCUCUAUAUGGCUCAAGUAAUAACAGUUCGAUCCAGUGGCAACUCUAGGAUAUGUUCCGCCCGGGGUGGGUCAAAAUUAAGCCGCAGCUCCCCCCCCCCCCC